AAAAAAAAAAAAGUAAACAAGCAAAAUUGUGAGAUUUUUUUCUUUAGUUUUUGGAAACUGAAAAAUCUCUCGUGUUGUUUGUUGAUUUAUUCAUUCGUGACAAAUUCGACAAUUUUAUUGUUAAAAAAAAAGAAAAAUCGACAUGGAGUCAAGUACAUCACGUGGUGACAGCCAGAUCCCUGAUGAUGUUGAAUCAAUGGAUUGCAAUGAUGAUGGACAAGCUCCAAUUAUUCAAGGUCAAGCUGGAGAACAAAAGUCAGAUGGUCAAGCUGGAGAAAAAAUAUCAGAUGAUCAAGCUGGAGGACAAAGACCUGCAGAUGCAGCUCUGUUGGAAAGUAUUCCUGAUGUAACAGAACAACCUGGAACAGGACGAUUGGCUGUUUCCAAUUCAACGUUAAAUACAAUGUUGAGCAAUCCAAGAAACGUAGAAGUGGAGAGACAACGUGCUAACGUUCGACAGAGAGUAACGCAGGAGGUACCAAAGUUACCUCGUGAGAGCUGGGUUAAAAUAGUGCCAAGACAACCAUAAAAAUAUAAUAACAAUAAUGAAAGACUGGUAGUGUCUGUUUCAAGUUAUUAACCAACAAAAAAGCUUCAUCUGAGCCUUUGUUGUAUCAACAACAACCACAACAGUAACAGCAGCAAAUUUCACAGCAACAACAAGCACAUUACACAAAAUGCAUCAUCAAACCAACAUUAUCAACACUGGUAUUUAGUUUCUGAUAAUCAACUCUCAAUUACACGACCACCACCCCCAACAAUCAACAGACCACCAGGUUUAAAUUAAAAAGUUAUUGUUAUUAAAUUUUUUUUUUUUGUUCUUGAGACUUCGAUUUAACUUUUUCCUCUUAUCGUAUUAAUACUUUUUUUUGUUCUCUUUAUAUGAAACUUAUCUACAUUUAAUAAGGUUUUUUCUUUUUAUUAUCAUUGUUUCACUGAAAUUCAAAUUGAAAUGUAAAUUUCAUGUAAAAAA